CGCCCCCCCCCCCCCCCCCCUCUCCGAGCGGAACCCUAGGCGCAGCUCUGCCGGCAGCGGACAGCGGACCGGCGGCCGAGCGCUAGGCGCCCCAACCGACCGACCCCCGCGGCCUCUGCGGCGGCAGCAGCCAGGCGCCAGCAGGCCGCAGAGGCGACGACCGGCGGGCACAGCGCCGUCAGCGCGGCAGGCCGCCCCUGGCGCACGCACGGCAGCGUCCUUGUUUCCUCGAACCGAGCCCGUGAAGUGAACGGUGAACCACCAAGGAAUAUCUUUCUUAUCUAAAGUUAGCACAUUGUGCUAAGUAAAAAUGGUUAUGGGGUUGAUAAAUGCUAACCCUGUAAUCCAUGAGAAAAAAGAGAGGCGCAUACGACAGGCACCGGAGACCACAGAUGAAAAUGCAGUAGAGCCUAUAGAUCAGCUAGAAAUAUUUGAUCACAUUAGAGAUAUAAAGGAUCCAGAGCACCCAUACUCAUUGGAACAGCUGAAUGUGGUAACUGAAGACUCAAUUGAACUGAAUGAUGAAAGAAAUUAUGUCAGGGUUACCUUCACCCCAACAGUGGAGCACUGCAGUAUGGCAACUGUUAUUGGCCUUUGCAUACGCGUGAAACUCAUUCGGAGCCUCCCUCCUCGUUACAAGGUGGACAUAAGGGUAGCCCCUGGAUCACAUUCCACAGAAGCUGCUGUGAAUAAGCAACUGAACGACAAGGAACGUGUUGCGGCUGCACUGGAAAACCCAAACCUACUGGACAUGGUCGAAGAGUGCUUGUCGCCAACAUUUGACUGAGGCCUGAACAUAUCUUGGCACCACGGCGUUGAUGUUCCGAACCAACACAAGCUUGUUGCUCCCUAUGGAGUUCAUUCCUGUCUUUUGAGAAUUGGGAUGCCUUGGCUGUUGCAGGACGUGUGCAUGAAUUUUGUUUCUGCACUCCUUUAGUUAUUGUAUUGUUACCUUUUUCUUCUGGACGGUUUUGGUGCUUGUUAUCUCCCUGAGCGAAGGGAAACGAUGUAAUCAGGUCUUGUGCUGUAGCUUUCAGAGUGUUGUCAAUGCCGCCGCGUUUUGUGGCUGUACAGUGUAUACCCACACAAUAAACUGAACCUAGUAGGAGAAUACGGGAAUCCUCAAAUA